AUUUCUCUCAACUUCAAAUUCUCAGCGUCAUCGCCUCACAGACCACAACCCUAGAAUGCUCCAUCUGCAGCUGUAUGAGCUUCGUCACGGCUUGCUUUCCUAUGUGCAGGCGUCUUUCCAAAUCUCCACAUUCCAGAUUGUCCUUUGUCUCUCUUCUCGUGUUGUUUCGUCAUACUCUUCCUGACCAGUCCUUCUCGUGUCCUUUCUUUAUUGUCGAUCUCCUCGACCGUAGAUGUAUGAACCAGCAACUCCGCAGGUCAAUCAUCUCUUUGACUUGUAGGAGGCAUAACUCGGUGGAGGUAUUGUACCGUAUCCAGACAACGAUUGCAACAAUUGACGCAGUGGAUAUCUUCACAUCCGCCGUAGCGACGCAUAGUGGCGACGACAAACGUUUUUCCCACAUACGGUGGCACCCGAGUAUCCCGAGAACAUCUCAUAUUGGAAUACGUUCUCUAGGGGUGUAUGUUGAGCAGAUGGAGUACUGCAGAAAGUCAAGGUUUGUACCUUCGUGGCGCUUUUCGACAUGCAACUCUGCAAUAUCGCCCUUACAAUGUGUCACUCUUCGUCCUCGACUCUUUUUGAAUGAUACUCAUAUUCAUACCGAUGUAAUACCGCACGAGCCACCAUUCCGUCAGCAUAUUUACAUUCUUCUUCUUUCCAUCAAUCCUCAGUAUUAUCAGGCCAGCUUUAGCUCAAGAUCCUUUCGGUUACUUUUUCCGCUUACGUGGUUACCAAACCACAGUAGUGGACAGCAGGUGAUGUAAUUGUGGACGUCAAAUGAGCCUGUCGCAUUUCUCAGAAAACUUAAUCAAUCGAGUGGUUUGUUUGGUACCGUAGCUGAGACGUGAGCUCC